AUGGCGGAGGAAGCAGCAACUGUGGCUGUCGAAUCCAAAACAGGGAAAGAUGCCGGAGACGUAGCAGCCUUAGCCGCCAAUGCCACCCUCCAAGCCGCAGCAGAGCUCGGCUUGAAGAGCUAUGAGGCCGUAUCCAGCUUAGCCAUUGCUGCCGGUUCAGCUGCGAGUCGAGCUGGUGAAAAUCGUUUUGAAAGCAUUGAUGAAAUGGCAGAUGCUGCAGUGGCUGCAGUGAGGAAAGUGACUGUAGGUAGGUGGUCUCCAAAAGAAAUCAUGCAAGCUGCCACAUUGGCUGCUGGGAUGGCAGUGGCAACCAGCGCCAUUGACACUGGAAAGUCCCUUGAGGACACCUGGAAGAGCGCCGUGCAGCACGCCAUGGCGGUGGCUUCGCAGGCGCAGCUCAGCGCCCUGGAUGCGGCCAAAGCCUCGGCGAUGGCAGCGGCCUUCGCCGUGAGCCGGGCUUCGCCGCAGCUGGAGGGGGCAAAGCUGGUGGAAGCGGCCAAGGAGGUAGCUGCAGAGGCAGCCAAAGCCUCUGGCGCCAGUUCAGAGCAGCUUGCAGAUUUGUCACAGUCAGCUGCCACGGAAGUUGGCUACUUGAAGAUCCCCAUUGCAGCGCGACAGGCGGCCGGCAUUGCUUCCAAGCACGCCACUGGUGGCGGCAAGAUGAGUCGAGAAAAGGCCGUGGGAGAGAUCUCCAUUGUGGCCCAGCUGGCGGGCCGCGCCGCCCAACUGGCUGGGAUGAGUUCGGAGGAGACGGCGGUGGUCAUGGGCCUCGAAGUGGCGGAGGCGCUGCCGAAGUUCGAUGCCCACGACGGGCCGCAGCCCAUGGCGGAGGAUGCCACCUUAGCCGCGCUGGCUGCGGCCAGGACCUUGGGCUUGACGUUGAAGCAACUGGAAGCGGUGACGAUGCAUGCUGCAGCCGGGGGAGCGAUCACUGCUGGACAGAUCUUCUUUUUGAAUGUGAAAGAGAUUGCGCAGCUGGCGGUGCAUGCGGUGUUGGCCACCAGCAAAGGCUUGGCCGAGGAGGACGCGGCCACCUUAGCCGCCGAGGCUGCCGGCUGCGCCGCGGCCGAGGCCGCUGCACAGGCGGGCGCCAGCAAGGCGCGAGUCCAAAAGGCGGCGGCCGCGGCGGCGCAACGGGCGGCUGCUGCCAUGCAGCUGACGCCGGUGAUGGCAGCUCGUUUAGCCGCACUCUCUGCUGGCCGGGCAGCUGGGCGCAGCAGAGCCACUGAAAAGGCCAGCAGCGAAGAGAUACGGCGCAGCGCAGCGGAAGCGGCAGUCGCCAUCGGCAAAGCCUUGGAGCUGCCCUCCGUGGACCUGGUGGCCGCCGAGGCGGCGCAGGUCUCCGCGGCCGAAGCGGCGGCCUAUGCGGCGCGAGGCAAGAAGAAACCACCGCCCAUGCCAGAGCCGAAGAAGGAUUUUCGCAAUCUCGAUGCCGACAACGACGGAUUGGUCACUGCCGGAGAAUUGGGCAAAUGGGAGCCCGAGAAUGACUUUGUUGAGAUGGAGAAGAAUGGGGAUAGCGAGAUCACGAUGCAGGAGUUUCAGAAAUGGAAUCCGCAACAUGCGAAGGUUGUGAAGAAGGAACCCGCCGAGAGCGGCGCAGGUACUGCUACGGAUCCUGUCAUCGUCCUGGCACAGGAGAAGACGUUGAACACGUUUGAUUUGUUGGACACCGACCACGACAACAAGAUCAGUCCGCGAGAGCUUAUAGCCGGGAGACAUGUGGAUACCUUUAGCCUGUUGGACACGAAUCACGAUGGAAAACUGUCCGCAGAGGAGCUUCGGAGGUGGCGAGGUGCCACCUUGGGUGCUGCGACCGUGGUUUGAUGCCCGCUGAGCGACCGAUGGUGGACCGAUGUUGUUUCACCAACGAUGUCAUCACGGUGCGAAAGAGUUGG